CCAGAAGAGCGUGUUAAGAGUUAAGAUCUUCUCUUACUGUCGUCGACCACAAAAGUCUCGCUCGAGACGUCACAGGCAGUCCGGAUUGUGAGUUUGCCAUAAACUAAAAAACUUUGUAAAUGGUUGCGAUUACGAAGCAAAAUUGAAAUCAUGACUAGCCUUAUGGCAUCUGGCAGGGUCAGGCUCCGAUUUGGUGAGCAUGUACCCGGCCAGUCGGGGCUGCUUGCAGCACCACCUCGAACGCGCUUACCAGGUGUUAUACUUAAACGGACUUUGGUGCUAUGCGGUUAUGGAAGAGGCAAUGCGAGGGCAGGCAGGGGCUAUCGCUCGCCCGUCCCUGAGCCCAACGUGCCUAACGGUCGACAGCGAGGUUCGUGGGGCCCACCACAACCUGCACCUCCACCGCGCUUAACACCAGAGCUGGUCCAGGCCGCCGAAGAGGCGUUGAAAGCCGCUCGACAGGAGUUACACGGCAAGGGCAUGUACGCGGGAUUCCUGCAGGCGAUGGAGCAGGCGUGGCCAGUUCUCCAGAACCUGCCUGGAGUUACCUCGCCGACGUUUCUGCUGGCCUUGGCUAAGCAGCAACGCAGCGCUUACGCAUCCGCUUACCUGCACCGUGAGCAGCGCGUUCACGCCGACAUCGAAACCUACCUGGCAGCCAGCUUGGGCAUUCUCACGCUGCAUGACCUCGCGGAGUUUGUCAUGCAGCAGGAGCGGAGCUUCCAGUCCCGGCUAGGCGAGGCGGCUGCGGAGGCGGCCACGGAGAGGCUGCUGCACUACAACGACCUGCUGCUAGGGCCGCUCAGCCGGCACCCGCUGGUGCUGCAGGCGGGUCUGGCAGUCGAGGGAGGGAGCAGCGACAUGCCGGAACCCAAGGUCACUCGGAGGGACGUGCUGCUGCUGUUUUCCAAGCUCUGGGAGGAGCGCCGCAUUGGGGAGGAAGACGCCGCCAAAGUCCUGGAGAGCCACUUGCAAGAAACGUACAGCAAAUCUCCUCGCGAGCUGGGCGUGCAGCUGAACAACAUCAAGAUGUUCUUCGUUGACAUCAAAUCGGCUUCCUGGUGGGCUGCUCGGGAGCUGAGGCGCGCCAGGACGCAGCUGGACGAGGCUGCGGUGGCGGAGGUGGAGCAGCUGCUGCAGCAGGGCACCGAGCUGUUCCCGGUUGUGGCGACGAAGCUUCGAGAGGCCAUCGCGAUUGAAGCCGAAGAAGUCGUGCGGUUAUGCGAGGAAGCUGCGACGGUUUCAGAGCUGUCAGCAGACGGUCCGUCCGGCAAGAAGUACCACACGGCCAUGGCCGCCCUUGCCGGGUUGGAAGACCACCUGAAGCGAGUGGUGGUGGAUUCAAUCCGGCUCUUGGGUUUGGGGCAGGGCCGAGAUCGGAUUGCUCGACUGGAACACAGCUCACAUCUCCUAGAUGACUCGCAAGUCGUGAAGGAGUGGAAUCGACUUGUGGGCUCGGUGCCCAAGGCCCUGCGGGAAGCGGAAAAGCAAAGCAGAGCGAAGAAAGCGGAAAAGGGCAAUCUCACUCUGUUCGGUAAGAGGCUCGCGGCUGAGCUGACGCCGGAUGUGCUCAAGACGUUGCACGGUACGACGCUGCUGGUACGGCAGUUACGUCAGCUGCUAACAGAGGAGCGGCGCAAGGCGGCGAGGUCGCAGGACGUGCUGGAUGUGCAACAGCGGAGGCUGCAGGGGCGAGUGAAGGAGCAGGAGCAGCAGCAGGCUGGACAGCAGGACUCGGAAGAGGAAGGAGAAGCAGAAGGCACGGAUGCGGCGGCAGAUAGCAGCAGCAGCAGCAGCAGCAAUACUGCUUCCGGGGGUGACAACGCUGCUGCUGCUGGAGGUGAUAGCAGUUCGGGUCGAGGGAGGACGCCGGUUAGCUGGCAACGGCUGAGGGACGCCGUCUCCAGCCUCAAUCAGGGUCUCUCCUUCCCCGCACUGGCAUCCCUGGAGCGCCAGGUGGCAGCAGCGCUGGGCGCCGACAGCUGGUCGGAGCUGGGGCGCGGGGAGAGCUUGCUGGCAGCCCUGGCGGAGGAUCACGAGAUGGCAGCCGCGCUGCUCGGCACGAGCCCGGGGAUCAGCGCUGCGGGUGUUACGGCGGCGGGCGGCGGACCCGUGGGUCACGAGGACAUCAUGUUGCUGGCGGCGCUGGUGCUGGCGGCGGCGGCGCGCGGGCCGGCGGAGUCGGAGCAGGCGGCGUACGUCAAUGCCGCAGGCAAUGGCGCGUCCGCAGUCAGUCCCGAGGUGGUCGACGCCUUCGAAAGCGCGUUGCAGCGGCAGUACCGUGUUCCCAGCGCCCUCACACUCGGUUUCGGACCGCCGCAACGCCUCCUGGAAGAGGCAGCGCAGUCCCUCCACGGCAGCAGCAGCGGCGGCGGCGGUGGAGCUUCCGGAGGAGCUGCUGUCGUCGUACAAUCUGCGGUACUUCCGGAACUGGGCCUUACGUCCGGCAUCGGUAAUAGUGCCGUCGGCGCUGCAGGCGGCGGUGCCGGGGGUGCGCUGCUAGCUCAGCUGACGGGGCAGGGGCGGUCGGCGGGUGGAGCGGCGGCGGCGGCGUUGGAUGCGGCGCCGAUGCUUUCGGAGCUGGGGGAGUGGAGCAUGUGGGAGGAGGUGUUUGGACCGCAGCUUGGACCGCUGAAGCAUUUCCUCAGGAGGCGUAAGGAGUACGGCAGCGAGGAUGGCAGUACGGCGCUGACGUGGCGUGCCGUGGAGGGCCCCGGCGGGCGCCUGAUCAAGAUACCCGCAGGUCUGGGUGUUGAGGGCUCUCUGCAGCUGUUCCAGCAGCGGUUGGGCGAGCUGGACGGGCGGGGCAUGGCGGCGGCCCUGCUGGCAGUGGUGGCGGACUCGGGGGGCGUGGGGCAGGCGCCGCUGAGGUACCUUGAGGGCCUGGUGGAGAGCUGCUGGAGUGCGUGGGUGGAGCAGCGGGGUGGGCCCGCGGCCCUGUUGGCGGAAGGGAGUUCCUUCACGAUGUCCGACGGCGACAGUAGUGCCGGUGCUUCGGCCAACGGAGGUGCUACUUCUACUGCUACUAUUGCUACAUCUGCUACUCCAGCCGCCGCCGGUCUGCCGGGUCAGCAGGUCUCCGCAGCGCUGCUGCCGCUGCUGCGGUGCUGCCUGGACUGCCUGGCAGCCGUUCCGCUGCGGGCCGUGCGAAGGAGCGUGGCGCAAAGUGUGCUGCUGCCUCCGCUGGAGAGCCCCCGCAUCCUGGGCCGGGGCUGGAGGGGCGUGCUGCUGGCCGCAUGCGCUAGCGGGGAACACAGGUCGGCUCUGCACCAGCUGGGUUGCGACCUGGGCUUCGAGGAGUGGGCUGCGGACUGGGCUGCCGGGCGCACAUCACUGCAGCUGCGGCAGGAGGUGCAGCAGGAGGAGGUGCAACAGCAGGAGAUGCUGUCCCUGUCGCAGACGCCAGCAGAGACAACAAAUCGGCUGCAGCAACAACACCAGCAGCAAGCACCACCUUCAGAGGGCAAUGCCACGGCGGCUGUAGGGGGCGUGGACGCCGGUGUGGAAGGGACGGCGGCGGCAGUGGCGGUAGACGAGGGAGCGUUGGGUGGGGUUUCUGGAGAGCAAGCUACCGCAGGAGACGCUACGGCGACGAUUUCGUCUGUUGGGCAAGCAGCAGUGCAGGAGGUUAUCGCGGAUACCUCGGCUGCUGCGGCGAACAGUGGUGGUCUUGAUGAAGAUGAUGAAGAUGUGGAGCGGCGGCAGCGGCUGCAGCGAAGUCGGGAGGAGGCGGCGGCGCUUGUGGAGAGGAUUCGACAUUCCUACGGCAUCGACAAGGUGUUCAGCGACCCGGACGCGGCCGACACCAUUCGCUGCAACACCGAGCGGGUCGGCAAUGCGGUGGUGCAGCUCUCGCAGCAGUUGUACAGCAAGGAUCUGCACUUUGUAAUGGAGCUGCUGCAAAACGCGGAGGACAACUCGUACGACGCGGAUGUCGUACCCUGCUUGGAGUUCGUACUCACUCCCUCUCACCUGGUGGUGCUAAACAACGAAAGGGGCUUCACGGACCGGGAUGUUCGCGCCCUGAGCGACGUCAACAUGAGCACGAAGAAGAAGAAGCGCGGGUUCAUCGGGAAGAAGGGCAUCGGCUUCAAAUCCGUCUUCCAGGUUUCCGACGCGCCCGAGGUCCACUCCAACGGCUUCCACAUCGCCUUCGACCGCAUCCGCAACGGCAACCUGGGUAUGGUGCUGCCCUCCGCCGUACCGCCCUACGAGGGAGCCGGGCUGCCCUCUCAGCUGGGGCUGCUGCCCGCCAACACAUGCAUCCGCCUGCCGCUCAAGGGCAGCGCCGCCACGACAGGGGCGGAUGGGGGCAGCAGUGGAGGCGGUGGAGGCGGUGGAGGUGAUGGCGCAGGGGGGCAGCAGCAGCAGCAGGCGGCAGCGCUGGCAAGCCUGAAGAAAUCUCUGUCAGAGGUGGACCCGCGGCUGCUGCUCUUCCUCAAGAAGCUCAAGCGGGUUGCUGUAACCGACGGAACGGCCGUCACCGCGGCUCCCGCAGCAUCCCUCGACAACAGCAGCAGCAGCGGUAACGGCAGCACUGGCGUUGCGACCGCAGCCGCUGUUGCCUCCACUGCUGCUCCCUCAGCAGUCCGGGGCGUUCAGGUGCAGAAGGAGCAGCUGAGUGGAGGGCAGGUGCUGCUGCGGGCGGGACCCGUGGGUCGGCUGCAGGACAAGCGGUGGCUCAUUGUCAGCGAGAGCUUUGCACCAACGGUGGACAGGGGCGACCUCACAGUUGCUGAGCUGGGUGAAACCGACAUCUCACUCGCAUUCGACCUGGAUGCCGCAGCGGAGCUCGCGGACGCAGCAGCCGCCGCCGCCGCAGCAGCAGCAGCGGCCGCCGCGGGGUCGGGCGACGGUUCAGCGGACUGGUUCAGUCGCUACUCGCAGCCUCGACCGGCGCGCCAGGAGGUGUUUGCGUACCUGCCAACACGCGACUACGGACUGCGGUUCGUCAUCAACGGCGACUUCGUGGUCACCACCAGCAGGGAGUCCGUGGACACUGGGAGCCCAUACAACCAAAUGCUGGUCGCACGCAUCCCGCAGCUCUUCGCCAGAUCGCUAGCCCAGCUCCAGCAGCUAGACAGCGACCCGCACUGGUCAGGUCGCAUGCCGCGUCACGGCUGGCUGAACUACUGGCUCAGCUGCCUGCCGCUUCCAGAAGAGCCGCAGGAUCUGUUUGCGUCGCUGCCCCAACGCAUCUCGGAAGCCGUUCGCUCCUCCGUGCUGCUGCCAACCACAUGCGGUCGCAGUCUGUCGCCGCAGCGGCACCACCUGCGGGUGUGCCAUGACCCACGGGUCAGGGAGUUGCUGGCGGAGCCCGGCAUGCAGACCGCCCUUACGGAGGCGGGCAUAUUCUUCGUGCACGCCUCCGUGACGCCGCUGCACGCCAGUCCGCAGCUGCGGGCGCUGCUGGGGGUGCAGGAGUUCCAUGCGAGUGACAUGGUGACCCUGCUGGAGAAGAUCACCGCAAGCCAGCCCUCAGCAGCAGCGCCCGACACGGCGGAGUCCUCCUCCUCUUCCUCCUCCUCUUCCUCCUCUCCAUCGUUGCAGCUGGGCACCGAGGUCCUGGCUCGGCUGCUCCUCAUCGUGUUCCGGAUGCUGGGAGUCAGCAGCAGCGGCAGCAGCGGCCUGGGCGGCGACAGCGACAGUGGUGCCUUCCGGUCGCCCGGCGCAUCAUCCAACCCGCGCCCGCGUCAACCAAGGAACCGCCAGGGCGGGGGCGGCUGGAUGGGGACCCAUGGGUCGUCUUCCUCCGCUUCGGCAGCUGGCUACGGCGGCGUCUACGGCGGCAGCAGCGGCGUACGCGGCAUCUCCUCCUCAACCGAGUACUUGUGGUCUAGGCUGCGCGUGCUGCCUCUGCUGCCUGUUCUGGGCAGUGACGCACGCCUGCCUGCGACCUCAUACGCCACGACUUUGGGAGCGUCUGAGCAGGUCUUCCUGCUCCCGGGAUGCAAUUCCGCGGCAACGGCUGCUGCUGCUGCUGCCUCAAGGCGGCCCUCGGGUGUCCCCUCCACCUCCACCUCCGCCUCUUCUUCCGCUGCCGCUAGCGCCGCUCGAGGUGGUGAUGACGGCACACAGGGCAGCAACAGCUUGGCAGGGCAGCUGGCUGCGGUUGGACUACCGCCUGAUCUUGGACCGCUCCUAGAUCCGCUGCGGCGAGCUGGCAUCAGCCCCGGCCUGCACUUUGUACGACAAGAUCUUGUACUGCAGCUGCCGCCGGGCGAGCAGCGGGAGGUACUGCUUGCGGGUCUAGAAAAGCUGGGUGUACGGCAGUUGGAAGCGAUGGACGUGUACGAUCUUGCCGUACUGCCUUACUUGCGGGCGUACGAAUCUGCGGUGGCCGGCAACGCAGGUACGGCUGCUGCUGAUGCUGGAGGUGGUGCUGCGAAAAGAGGUGGGAAGAAGGUGGCGAUGGAGGAGGCACCGGAGGCCACGUUGGUGGCAUGUUUGGCAUUCCCGUUGGUUUCGGGGCUGAUUGGGACGUCACAGCUGCUGACGGCGGCGGAGGAGGGCUUCGGAGGCACGACGGCGGAGGAAGCAUAUGGGAACACAGAAGGCGAUUUCCUCGGUAGCAGCAGCAGCAGCGGCAAUAACAACAGGUUCCUGAAGCGCCCGAGACGCGAGGCUGCUUUUCGAGGCUUCUGGGGAAUCAGCAGCAGCGGCGGCAACGCUAGCGGCGGUGGCAGCGGCUAUGCUGCUACGUCAGCAGCAGCAGCUGCACCCGCGGCGUCCAUCAACCGCAACAAGCCGCUGCUGCGAGCCAGCGUGUUGGAGGACCUCAAGUCCUGUGCGGUGUUGCUCACCAGCCGCGGCGUCGUGAGGUGCCGAAAGAGCGGCGCCAGCGGCAGUAGCAGCAGCAACGGCUUGGGCUUCGACAUUGUGCCCGUUGCUGGACCUGAGUCUAAUAGCACUUCCGCCGCCGCUGCCGCUGCUGCUGCUCCUGCUGCUGCCGCUGUUGUGGUGGAGGACUUGUUCCUGCCGGCUUCGUUGUGUCCCCGCGGGUUUGACUUGCGGAGGGCCUUUCCGGAGUGGGCCGAGCGGAGGGCCACCAUCAUUUCGGAGGCGUAUGCGCAGUGCGAGGCAGUGCCUCGGAAGGCAUGGACGUGGCUGUUCGGGCAGCUGGGCGCUACGCCCUUCCUGAGGUUGCGUAAUCGUACCAUAUACGCACUGCCUGACUUCUCCUCCGGACGCCAACACAGCUACCAAUCCGGUUCCUGGCUAAAGGAAGAUGACUUCGGUGGUUUCUUUGACCCCCUGGAGGAGACUUCAGAGGAUGCCUUGUCAUCUGUUCUCGGCUGUGACAGUGAGAGCCUGCUGAGCGCCAGCGAUGCAGCGGCGGCGGCAGCAGCGGCGGCUGGACGGACCCAUGGGUCACUUGUGGCGGUAACGCGACUGGAGGAGUCCCCAUGGGCGCGGCAGGUGUGGCCGUACGGGCCGUACACUCUGCCGCAGUGCUACAAGGGCUCCGUGUACCGCUUUGAUGACGUCAUGUGCCCAGCUCUGGACGAUUUGUUGUCCAGCAUAUUAAAUCCAGUCGUGGAUCCAAACGGAGCAUCUGGAUCCGCAUCUUGGAAGGCGAGCAGGAAGGAGCGACGCGCUGCCCGGAGCAGCAGCAAAGCAGAGGGAGCGGAAGCGCUAGACUCAGACAAUGACGGUACGGACGUCGCUGUGGUCGACAAUGACAGAUGUGAUCGCAGCCAUGACGUGGGCAGUGACCCACGGGUCGCCCUGACACCUGAGCAAGUCAAGCUGCUCUCGGCGCUAGCGGAGACGCUGCAGGCGCUUUGGGAGGAGGGCGGGUACGAGGAGGCUACGCGGCUUCGCUCUCCGGUGCAGGUGGUUUGGGCAGAAGACGCGAUGCAAGACCUCCUAGGCAAGGAUUCGGAUACGCUGCUAGGUGACUUAGUGGGGGGCUACUUGCCGUCCGGCAUCGCCUCCAAGCCUCUUCCAAGCUCAUUCCUCUUGGAGCUUCAAACCAAGAGGUGGCUCCCAAGCACCCUUGGCUACGUCGCCGCUCCCUACGAGCUGCUGCCCCGCCUGCCCAAGCUCGUCGAGCUGUUCGGAAGCAACACCCCGCUGCCCUACCUCGCCCACAUCCCCAACCUGCCCCCCGACGGCUCCCUGCUGGCCGCGCUGGGGCUGCCUCUGGAGCCCUCGGCCGACAUCGUGCUGUCCAUGCUGCGUAGCCUGUCGCAGGCGGCAGCAGCAGCAGCGGCGGCAGCGGAGUCGAGUGAAGGUGGCGGUGGAAGGGGAACACAGCAGCAGCAGCAGCAGCAGCCGUUGUUGCUGAGCCUGGACCGCAUGUGUGGGGUGUACCGCUUCCUGGACGCGGCCAGGGAGCAGCGGGGAGGCGGGGUGUUUGAGGCCAUCUGCCGGGCGUUCGGGGAGGCGGAGCUCAUCUGGAUACCCGACCCAGCAGCAGCAGCAGCAGCAGCAGCAGCAGCAGCAGCAGCAGCUCCCACACCAACCGGAGACUCCUGGAACAGCGGCAGCCGGAAGGGCAAGAAGGGCGGCCGGGGCGCCAAGGGCGCAGCAGAUUCCUCCAGGACUGCACAGCAGCAGGAGGCUGAUGUGGAAUACGGCGGCGAAGAAGGCGACGCGCUGUCUUCCACCUCCGUGGCGAUUGCCGCCGGCAGCCUGUCCACGUCCAAGUCCGGCAGCUUUUACGGCGCGGGACGAGUGGUUUUAAGUGACCCCUCGGGCGUGCUGGAGCAGCUGGCUGCAUGGGAGCUCCUGGGGGCACGGAACGAAGCCGAAGAAGAGGAAGGGGGAGAGGGCAAGAAGGAGGGCAAGAAGAAGGGCAAGAAGAAGAGGAACAGGAAGGAGAAAAAGGGGGAGGUUGAAAGCUGGGAGAUUGAUUCGGACCUGGGCGGAGACGAAGGUAGUGACCAGGAGCCUGUUCGUGUUCUGGAGGCGCACUACCCUUUCAAGGUGCUGUCCUUCUUCGAGGAGCUCUGCGUCGCAACGCCAGACUGGGGCAACUCAAACAUGGCCUCCACGACAGCAGCCCUCACGACAACCGGUUGGGGCAGGGGCGGCAGAGCCGCUGCUGCUGCUGCUGCCGGCUUCACGGACGGCAUGGGCGGCAUGGGAGGCGGCGGUGGGGCGCUGCGGCGAGGGGAGCGGCUGAUUGCGGCUCGGCCCUCUCAGGAAGACUACUUGUCCGCGCUGCGCCGUAUCGCGGUACGGCACUCGGAGGAGGAGCCUACCGAGGAAGCUGUACGGCAGGUGUCAGCUAUCCUGGGGGUCUGGGCUGCGGACCUGGUCUCCGGGCUGCUGCCCCACGACAGCGAGGAAGCGCGGCGGCUGCGGCACCAGCUGGGCAGCAUGCGGGUGUUCCCAACCGCCGCGGGUCGGUGGGUCAGUCUGGAGGAGCAGCCCCUCCUGGGCGACGCGGCCGACCUGGCCCGCUUGUUCAACGCGGCGUCAGAUGUGCACAUCUUGCACCCUAUGCUCAUCGCGGCGGCUGGAGCUGCUGCCGGCAGCGGCACCCGCAACAGCGGCAGCAACAGCAGCAGCGGCAGUAGCGGUGGAGAGGCACUCCUGCAGGAGUUCCUGCACUGGCUGGGCGCCCCCAGGCUGUCCGAGCUGGUGGAGGAGGAGGUGUCGUUCCAGGGCUGCAUAGCAGGCUGGCAGGUGGAGCGGCUGCUGCGGCUGGGAGUGCCCUUCACGCAGCGCUUCCUGGCGACCCACCGACCCGCGGCCUACCAGGCGGUGCGACAGGGUGUAGCGGCACGGCUGGCGGCGCUGCGAGUUGUGACGGUGGAGAAGGGGAGCUUGAGGGUGGGCCACGCGUUGCGGCUGCCCGGGGGCGGCGGGCGGCGUGUGCACUCGGAUCCGGAGCUGCGGAGCGCCGUGCUGCAGGUACGGGAUGGCUCCCCGGCCAGUGUCGUACUGUACGUGGACGACCCGCGGAACUACAUCAAGAUCUGCGAUGAGCUCAGCAGGUUGUUCAGCUCCAGCUGCUCCAUUGAUGCGGACGUGUCAUCCUUCCUGCUGUGCCUGCUUCUUAGUCACGAGCAGGACACCGACCCCAACCGAGAUGAGCUGCUCUCGGCCGCCAAACAAUAUGCGCUGGAUAGGGGCUGCCGACCGCUACCAGACGGAGAUGAGCCGUGGAAGGUGUUUUUCGACGCGUCAACCUCGCAGGACGGCUCCUCUGCUGGUGGCAAGGCUGUUGUGUUGGGACCGCAGGAGGACCCAGAUGAGCUGCUGGUGCGGCUCAACGCGUGGGCUUCGAAGAGGCAGCCGGGGCAGCAGAGGGAGGCCGCGGCACAACAGCAGGGGCAGGAGCAGGGCGCAGCCAGCAGCAGCUCCUCAUCCUCAGGAUCCACAGGCCGGCUGGGAUUCAGCAGCAUCAGCAGCGGCUUCAGCGGGGUCAUGGGCGACAGCAGCGGUGGCGGCAAUGGUCCCAGACCCGCAGGUUCUCUGCUGCCCUUGGUGGGUCCCCCAGUUCUGCCUGGCCCGCACAUGGCGCACAGCACUGAGCCAGGGGCAGCACUACUGCCGCCGCAGCUGCAGCCAGAACAGCUGCAGCAGCAGCAACAGGAGCAGCAGCUGCCGGAGCAGCAGGCAGGCCUUUUGGGGCAACUCCUGGGCCUGCCGGGGCAGGAGGUGCCGCUUGCGGCAGCUAGCGACGUACGGGACACGGGCAGCUCGGCAGCAACACCAGAUGCACAUGCAAGCAUGGGAACAGAAGCAGGAGCAGGAGCAGCAGCGGAAGUAGGGGAGCAGCAGUUCAUUCCUCGGAGUUGGAUGGUGAAGGCAGGUGGUCGUGGGGUUGCAGCCUUCGCAGGCAGCCCUGCUUGGUUGUGGCAGCAGCCGGAACGCCGGCAGCAAUGGCUGCAACUACCGGGCAUGCUGGGCGGUGCAGACAACACCCUGCUCUCGGAGCUGGGUAGCGACGUGGCUCAGGCAGUAGCGGCGGCGGCAGCGGGCGGUACGGCAAACCUGGCAUCCAAGGAGCAGCAACAGCAGCAACCAGCUGAAACAGCAGAAGAUGCUGAUGCUGAUGCUGCUGCAGCCAGCAGUGACUCCGGCGCUGUGAUCACGGGAAUCAGCAACGCGGCUUCCUCUCGUUGGGCUGAGGCGCUUGUGUUUGCGAUGCUCAAGCGGGAUGCCUCCGUGCUGGCAGGCGGUUGGAAGGUGGAGUGGGUCAGCUCCACUCCGGACAUGCAGUUUGCGCCGUACGACAUCCUGCUUUCACGAGUGGUAACGCCUGGUCAAGCGCACGACGCGAGCCCCGGUGACGCCGCCAACGAUUCAGCUUCUGCUGGCCCGACUGAAGACGCCGAGGGCCGGCUGGAGCACUUGUAUGUGGAGGUGAAGAGCACCACGAGCGCUGUGAGGAACAGCUUCGAGCUGAGUGCGCAGGAGCUGGAGUUUGCACAGCAGGCGGGAAGCAGGUACGUCAUCUUCCGGGUGCUGGGUGCGGGGGGUCCGCUGGAGUCGCUCAAGGUGCUGGUGCUGGCCGACCCAUGGGCCAUGUGCCUCCGCAAGGAGGCGCAGCUGCUGGUGCUGACGUGAGCUGUGUGUGAGCGUGGUCGCGAUACCUGUGGAUCUGUAACAAAUGGGGCUGAUGAGAGGGCCGAAUGGGGUGAUUAGGGCCUUUUGGAACUGGAAGUGGGGUUCGUGGUGUGUAAUUAAACUAACUGACGUGUGGUGAGCUAGCUGAUAUAGCUGUCAGGGUAGCCCGGUGGGCCUGCUGCUAACAAUGAGAGUGUGAAAGUGGACUUUCAGAGGGUGCAUGCAGAGGGUGAGGAGUGGAUACGCAGUAGUGCAAUGGAUAAGCAGUUAGUUGUUCGUGCGGACCAAUCAUGCAAGUGUAACG